UCAAACUCCCAUUGGUGCUUAUUUGUUUAUUUCUGUGCUUUUCUUCUUCCUCGCUGUAUUAACUACCGGUAUUUCAGAUCUUAAACAGGCAGCCAUAGACUUUGGUAAAAUGAGGGCUGUAUUCUCUUUGCAUUUCUUAAUACUGUCAACUUUGUACGGACUCUCUGCAGCAGACGAACAGCAUGAACGUGUUAUGAAAGAACCUGACGCAACAAGAACAAUACGUUUCACAUCGCCAAAAUUAAACGCAGAGGACGAACACUCAGAUCAUAUGCCUGAAUAUCUGAAGUGUGAUGCCUGUAAAGCUAUUGCUUUUCAGAUGAAAGACUAUCUUGUAAAAGCAGAGUCUAAGAAGACAGCCGUGAAGGGUAAAGAAGCAGCUCUGAGUGAAUCAGAGUACGUGGACACUUUGGAACAGUGCUGCGCUCAGAAGUGGGAACAGUAUGGUCUGAGAGAGGUCCAUGGUUUCAAACGUCUUUCUGGGCCUGGAUUGGAGACAGCAGAUCAGAUGGGUAUGAUCAUGUAUGGAGGACCUUGGCCAAUAAGGUUAUUUAAAAUGUGUCAGAGCUAUCUGGGAGAGUAUGAUGAAACCGAAAUUUACCAGAAGUACAGAAGCUAUCCGGAUUCCUUAGAAGACUUUUUUUGCUAUGCCAACGGUGGAGUUUGCAAAAAACCAAGCAAAACUAAAAAAAACGAACUAUAAACUAUGCCUUUCAGAAAAUUUAAAUAAAAGUAAUGCAAAUCACUUGGCUCUUUUUUUUUUUUU